CUUCAGAUUUCUAAAUGGACAGACAAAACAGGUUUUCCAACAGUUGCAUUGACGCUGUACCACGACAAAUCUCAGCACCUGCAUGUCAAAUUCACUGGUAGAUAAAGAAUAGAUUUAUGAUUUAUUUCUUUAUACUUUUAGACGAAUGGAGCAAUGUCAACUUUUUGCUGAUAUCCAAUUUAAAAAAUGCAGAAAAGAUUCAGCUUUCCCUGAAAAUAUGAAACCACAGUGUAAACAUUAACAUGAUUCAACCAGCAGCAAAAUGUCAGCAUGCAAAUACUGACCCAUACCGUUCAUAGGCUUGUACAACUUCCUAACCUUUCUUGGAAAAAAACUUUCAACUUGACAGUGCAAAUAUGACAAUAUUUUCAAAUAUCCCAUCAUGAUGUCAGCAUAGUCUCGAAAGGUUUUGUAAGCUUUAAUUUGUUAAGGAUUGAAGAUCAUAUGCAGAGCUAGAUUACUUUAUAUAGCUUGGUUUUGUCUAGGCUCAGGACCUUUAAAUAUAUUUGCUUGCCUUUAGUUGCCUGAAGUCUUUGUCAAUUAACUUUGUCAUAAUGUUACAAUGGAGUUGGUUUUUUUGAGAAAUUGAAACUUCAAAAAAGUUUGAAACACCACUUUUGAUAACUAAUUUCAAAAUGGUUGCUCUUAUUUUUCAUUCAAGGUCAUCCAUUCUUCCAUGAAUUUAUGGACGACCCAUACGUAAAAAAAAAUUCUUGGAAAUUGGAUCCCGGUUUGUUGAAGGCAUUGCUGUUGGGCAGGUUCUACCAGAACCUUCCAAGCCAACUGGAAGGAUUGAUGGUAAAAUUAAAAUCCUUGUUGUUAAAAUUUAUCUACCUGUAACCUUAACUCCUUAUUUAACUAAGAGAUAAUCUAAAAACAACUAUUUCUAAGACAAUACUGCAUGCCGAAAGAUUCUGUUACAUGUAGAGAACCUAUACCGUAUAAUGCACUAGCAAAACACGUACAUGCAAUAUCAUACAAUUUUUUUACAAAUGUCUUCUUGUAUUCUACAUUAUACAAAAAUAAUAGUGUGAUAAAUAUUCUGAAAUGAUUCUAUCACUUUUUCAUCAUGCCUCUAGUAACCCAAGUUAAUUUUACAAGGUUACAAAUUUUUGUGUUGAAUAAAUUUUGAGCAUUUUAGGAAUUGAAGACUCUAUCAUUGAUACCUUCUUGAAAGAGGAUAUUCAAUCCUUUCAAGUUGAUAGCAAAAGAAAACUGAUUGGAGCUGCUGUGUUGGGGAAAGGUACUUAGCUCUAUUUUCCCUUUAUUUUCCAUUUUCCCAGGGCCUGGGCAUCUUGUUUGUCUUAACACGCUACAGGCUUUGUUGAAAAACAUUUGGCUUUUUGAGUGUUUUCAAAUGAAAAAUAUUUUUAUUUCACUUAUUGCUCUGCUCUUUCUGAAAGCAAAAAUGUGUCCUUUUGGGUAAACUGCUCUCUGCCCCUUCAAGUUUGUUAGAGGAAAGGUUUGCUCAUGUUCGUAUGUAGCCAAAGGGAUCAUUUUUAUUAGCAAAUAUAUUGGAUUGGUCACUGUAUAUAUUUUUUAGAAUAUCACUUUUUAUUUUUUUUAUUUCUGAAGACUUGAAAAAGAGGAAAAUGUGGAGGGAGGAGUAUCGUCCAAAAAACUGGUGGCCUGAAAACCUUCCUUUCAGGUCACCAAAUGCAGCUCCAAAAUUUGAUGUUAGGGAGCUGGAUGAUAUCCCUGAGUCUUGCUCAAGAUACAUCCAGUCAAAAUCAGAACAUCACACUGGUGACAUGGCAGCUGAAGGGAGGCAAGCUGAAGAAGUCAUUGAGGAUAUGGUGGACUUCAAUGCUCUGAGGAUGAUGACUUCAUAGAAGCAACUCUUGCGCCAUAUCGUGUAAGACCUUUAGUAUCAAUGUAAAUUUUUUUAUGUAGCUUUUUAUGUACCUGUAACAAGGGACCAAUUCUAGCAUAAAUCAUUUAGGGUGCUUGUUAUCAAGAUGAAAUUUUUUCACAAACAACUGCAAGGAAAAGUUUUCAUCUCUUCAAUAACAAAGGUUUACAUAGCUUUUUGAGUAAGAAUUGGCUUUUUAGGAUUAUACUAAAUUGUUGAUUUCUUUUAGAUUAAGACUAGUCUUCCAAACAACAUGCUGACCUUAAAUCAAAAACGUUUAUAAAUACGAGUAUGUGUACUGUAUGAGUAUUUAAAAAUUGAGGUCAAGAAAGAAAUUUUAUUGUGUUUCAAAUAAAAUUUUGUUUUAGAAAUAACCCAAUUUCUGUGUAUUUUGGCAUUGCCUAUGGGAUAAUGAUGCUUGUCAAAACUUUUUGAAAGCCAUUGCGGGUGCUUCAAAAUUGAGUGUCCUGGAAGAAUUGCUUCGCGUUUUGCCCAAACAGCUUGAACUAGCUGAUGCUUCACUGGUAGGGGAGAAAAACAUUAAUCUGUGGCUUCGCCAUCUUGUUCCGGAUGAGCUACGUGAUGCUGGAAAAGAACCAAUUAGCGUCAAAGCAGAUGGCACUUGUAUGUUUUGCUCCAUUUCCGUUGCGAUUUAUGGUAACGAGGAUAGCUGGUGCUUUAUUAAGCUUCAAGCCUUGACAUAUGGCACUUUGCAUUUUGAUGAUGUGAUCGAGAGGGUAAGUGAAUUUUUUCGAGUCUGGGUUAUAUCAAGUAGAAUCUCCCAUGUUUCAUUUCAAGACUUUCAAGACUUCGUACAAAAAUUAGAAUAGGAUCUUGGAGAGAAAUUGAUGUUUUAAAUUAUUUACCCUUUCUUGAUCAUGACGGUCUUUCAGAUGGUGCGGUAUGAAUCCUUUAGAGCCAUUAAAUUAUUGCUGCUUAAAAUAGAUUUAUAUUGCCAUAAGGACAUUUACUAAAGUAACUAUUAUUUUUAGAUAGCAAUAUAUGUUCAAGAUAGAUAGGAUUAGAUCAGAUUAGCUAGCUUGAUUGUUGAAUCAAACUGCCAAAAGAAUAUAAUAACACUAUCUAUUAAAGAUAAAAACACUACGAAAGUAACCGUAUCUUCAUAUAGCUUCUCCCGUUUUUUGUGAGGCUAUUUUACUGUGCGAUUGAUUGCUUGCGCAAUUUAAAAUACUGUGAGUAUUCGUUUAAGAGAUCACCAUAUUAGCAAGUAGCUCGUAGCAUUUGUGAUAGUUCAUGUAUGAUCUAAAGUUCCAGAGAAUCGAUCAAGGUUGUGGCAGUCUGUGUCAUCAAAUCACUGAUUCAGCGACCUUUAAUGAAUGCAGUCAAUUGAGAGAUCCCGUGGAGCGGCUUAAAGCCUGUGCUUUGGCUGAGAUUGUCUAAUGUUCAAUUCUAACAUCGAUGUGAUGUUCAGGGUCAACCAGUGGUGGCGCCAGAGGGGGGGCAGGGGGGGCUACAGCCCCCCCGUCGGAGGAGGCUAGCCCCUCCGUCGGAAGAUAAAUUAUGCUUGAAUUUUUUUUGUCGGAGCGAAUUUUUUAAGUUUUGGCGGAAAUAGAAAUUUCUAAAAGGACUGUUAUCAGAAUUCAGGAAGCUCAUCCCAAAACAACUCAUCGACACAUCAAUUUCAUGGUAAAUAAUAAUCUGUUAUAAGAAGUUUGAAUUGGUUGUUUAGAUGUUCAGUACCAGGUGUUUUCCGCAUGCUGUUAAAUUUGAUCUUAUGUUAUGGAUAGUGCAGUUCGUCCAAAUCUUGCUUGCUAUAACCAACCUACAACAUCGGAAUAUUUUUGUGCGAUAGCGAUAUGGCAACAAAUGUUACCCGUUUCAGUGUUAGAUGUAGUAUAUGUAAUGACGUAUUUAACAAUGAUUACGCUGCCCGCCACACGAAGUCCAAGCACAAAGAUUUGGCUGCAAUGGGAAGGACUGCUCCUACGACGGCAAUAGUUGAAACGGACUCGCAGCAGAGAAAAAUAAAAACAUUUUUUCAAUCAAAAGGCGGUACUUUUCCAAAGAAACGAAAGGUUAAUGAUUUUGAAACUGAAAGAACAACAGAAGACCCCGAAGAACAAGAAGUUGAAAUUUCGAAAAUUCAAGACGAAGAGCAAAUCGAACGUGGUACAACUUCUAGCUUGGACCCCGAAGUCACGAAUGUAGAUGCUGACAACUACGUCACCAUUUCGGAAGCCGAACAGUCGAUGUCGGACAUUGUGGAAGCAGCAAAUGAAAGCGACAGCAACGAGGAUAUCGAGGAAAAUUUGGAACAGUUGGAACUCGAGUUGGAAGAUGAAGUUGAUCCUGCAGGAUUAUCAGCCGAAGCACUUCAAGGAGAUUCGAGAGGACCGCAACUUACACUAUCCGUCGCUGGCCCCAAGGACAUAUCCUCAACCAAAGACGGCGGACCUGUGCAGCCUCGUAAUAUUUCCUUCCCUACACAUUUGAUUGGCAAUCAGCAUCGCGCAUUCACACCUUUGCUGUAUGAAAAGUAUCCCUGGAUUGAGUAUUCGCAAAUGGAGGAUGCCAUCUUCUGUUUCCACUGUCGUAAUUUUUCAGAGAAUCGGAAGGAUCCAGCGUUUGUUAGUCAAGGCUUGCGCAAUUGGAAAAGAUGCUAUGGCACCAAAGUGAAUGAUAACAAACUCUUGCAACAUCAAACCAGCCAUCUUCAUGCCCAAAGUGUAGCUGCUAAAGCGCACUAUGAAAACGUUAAGUCUGGAAAUUUUCAGACCAUUGCCACACUUCAUGAUGCCGCUUAUUCGAAACUGGUUAAAGACAACAGGCAUUACAUGCGAGUGAUUUGCGAAGUCCUGCUUCUCACUGCUCAGCGGAAGAUUGCCCAACGUGAGACUGGAGGUUCAUUUCGUGUUGCCGAUAUAAAUAAAGAAGCUCUAGACUAUGGACCUUCUUGUGGUAAUUUUCUUGCGAUACUUGGUCUUCUUGCAAGGCAUGACCCAGUUGUUGCUGACAAAAUCCGCACUGGCCCGAAAAAUGCAAAGUAUACUCACCACAGCGUACAGAAUGCCAUCUUAGACAUUAUGAAAGACAUGGUUCUUGAGCAAAUAAAAAGUGAGCUCAAUAAGGCUCAGUAUUUUACCGUCCUUUCAGAUGAGUCUAAAGAUAGAAGCAAAAAAGAGCAGCUUGUUGUUGCAGUCCGUUACUGCUACGAGAAUGCCAUACAUGAGGAAUUUAUUGGCAUUGCUGAGGCGCAAAGUUUAGAUGCAGAUGGUCUUUCAGACACAAUAAUUGAACGAUUGCAACGCAUCGAAGCCAACAUGAAAGCAUGCGUGGGGCAAGGCUACGAUGGAGCUUCUGUUGUUUCUGGUCACCUGAAUGGCGUUCAAAGGAAACUUCCUCUGAAAACCGGUGCUGAAAUGGCUUACUACGUCCAUUGCUUUUGUCAUCGAUUGAACCUUGUGAUCGUCGAUGUUGUGAAAUCAAUCAGUUGUGUGGCAGACAUGAUAUCGCUAUUCAGAAGCCUGCAUUCUUUUCUGAGCAGCAGCACCGUUCAUGUACGAUGGGUAAAGGUCCAAGAGGAUCACAAGGUUCAUGUGAUGGAAAUUGGAAAAGUUUCUGACACGAGAUGGUCUUGCCAGGCGAAGCAAUUCAAUGUUUUCUGGGAGCGGUUGGAUAUCUUGGUGGAAGUCCUGCAGGAUGUGAUUGACACAGAUACGAACCCCGGUCGCAGAACAGAAGCUACUGGUUAUCUUCUGCAGAUUGACAGGAAAUUUGUGAGAUACCUGUUUGCCAUCCGACACGUCUUGAACAAAGCCAAAUUUGCGUCUGACAUGUUGCAGAAACCCUCCAAUGAUUUGAGUCAAGCCAUUGAUCUCAUUGCAACAUUGAAAGAUGAACUGGAUGACUGUCAAAGCAGGGAUAAGAUUCAAGAGUUCUGGGAUACUGCCGAAGAAGCAGCGGAUCGCUUGGAAUUGCCGGAAGAAAAAAGACCACCAAGAAAGAGGGCAACGCCUGCUUCUCUUCGAGAGUUUGUUGUGGAAGCAUCUUCAGAGCCUCAAGUAGCAAGCGGGUUUGAUGGCUACGUACAAAAUGUCAAAGAAAUACUAAACAGAACAACUGCAGAACUUUGCAAGCGGUUUGACGAAAAAAACAUAAAGAUCAUGAAAGGCAUAACUGCAUUGGCCCCCAAGUCGAAAAGCUACUUGGACCCAACAACUCUUGUCAAUUUUGCUGAGCUUUUUCAGUCUGAAAUUGGUGCACUACGCAGUGAAAUUGCCACAUUUAAAUAUAUGCUCUCAAGAAAAGAAGAAAAACACCGCCCAAGCACACUUCUGCAACUAGAGGCACACUUGGAAAAGCUAAAUGAAGCUUUCUUUGAGCUGCACCGGCUUGUAUCCAUCGCAUGCACUUUGCCAGUCUCUUCAGCCGAAUGUGAACGCAGCUUCAGCUCUAUGCGCCUCAUCAAGAGUGAUCUGCGCUCACUUAUGAAGGACGAGCGUCUAGACAGUCUGAUGAUGCUAGGUAUUCAUCGUGCCCGUGGAAGUGCUCUUGACUUGGACUCAGUAGUAGACAGAUUUAAGGCUAAGUUCCCGAAGAGUAGAAUUGCUCUGUGAAACAAUUUUGAUUCUUGGACUUGAAUUUUCGAUAUGUAGAAGUGCGUAUUCCACCGCUUAGGUCUGUUCCUAUAAAGUUACGUUGUGUUCCAGUUUUCCUUAAGUUCAGUUGGUUGCUUUUUAUUUAA